GUGAUAUACACAGGACCUAAACUGGCCACCGUCGUCUUGUUUUUCUCCUCCCAAUUUCUUCCACCCCUGUUACCGUCGCCUGCUCGUAACAUCUUCAGAGUUCAACUUCAAACCCAUAUAACAAAAUAGUUACCAAGUAAAACCCUUGUUAUCAGUUUAUGUAUUAGUUUUAAUUGUAAGUGUAUGUAUGUAAUAUUGGAAAGGCAACAAUUUAGGUUUAAUAAUCAAGAACCGCAAGAAUCAAAUCUCUAGAAACCAAUCUUACUACUACCCUUUUUUCAAUUUGAUUUACUGAACAACAAUAACAAUUUAUUAAUAAAAUCAGAUUAUUUCAUUAGUACUUCAUCUCUCUUUCAUCUCCUCUCCAUAGAAGAUCUGAAGAACAUCAUCUCUCUUUCAUCUCCUCUCCACAGAAGCUCUGAAAUCAACCAGUGAAGAAAAAAACCUAAACCCAGAUCACGGUCUCCUCUUCAAACGUCAUCAUCAAUGGAUGAAGAUGAUCAGGGUGAUAUUGGGAAGGUGAUGAAGUGGAUGUUGAAAAUCUUUACUGAGACGAAUUCAAAUCUUAAUCACCAGCUUUACCAUCACUUCUUGGGUAUAGACCAAUCUGAAGAUGUUUUAUGUUGGAAAAAUCCAGAAAAUCCCAAGUUUUUGUUCGGGGCACAAGUUAUGGAUGAUGGGAUGUAUGGGCAUUUGAUAUAGAAACGGAAUGCUGGUCACUUAUGGAAGCCAGAGGGGAAGUUCCGGUUUCUCGCAGGGGUCACAGUGUAACUAGAGCUGGUUCAGUUUUGAUCCUCUUCAGGGGUGAAGAUGCUAAAGGAAGAAAAUUGAAUGAUAUACGUAUGUUCGAUCUUAAGUCUUUGAUGUGGCUUCCUCUGCACUACACAGGGAGUAGACCGUCUCCAAGAUUUAAUCACGUGGCUGCCCUCUAUGAUGACAGAAUCCUUUUCAUUUUUAGAGGUUCAUCAAAAUCAAGGACUAUGAAUGAUUUGUACUCUCUUGAUUUUGAAACGAUGAUAUGGAUAAGAAUUAAGCUUCGUGGAUUCCAUCCAUCACCUAGAGCUGGUAGCUGUGGAAUUUUAUGUGGGAAUAAAUGGUACAUUGCCGGAGGGGGAAGCAAGAAAAAAGUAUAUCUUGAACACUUCCCAAUGCAUUUGCAUUUUUCUGCUUGGACUAGUUUUAAGCAUGAGUAUGUUUUAAGCAUUUUUGUGAAGAUUUACAUAAAGAUGACUUAGGCUCUUAGUCGCUACCAUAAUAUGCUUCCACUUGUUUUAGAGUUUGAAUUUGUAAUCUUGUUUUAAAGGGCAUGCGGAUACAUUGGUCCUUGAUGUCCUAAUACUCGAGUGGUCAGUAGCUGUGUCAUCAUCUCCAUCUUCGGCAACUUCCACCAAAGUGAUUUUGGUGACUAUGUGCAGACAUUAUAUAGAGCCCAAGUAUUUUUUCAAAUUAAACACUUCUUUGUCAUGAUCAUUCUCUGUUGUUAAGACUUUGUGUUAUGUAAUAGAAUAUGAGAACAAUUAUUAAUAUUGGUUUUGAAA